UUCUCUUCUCCUCCCUUCUCUCUCUCUCUCUCUCUCUCUCUCUCUCUAUGAAUCUAUGAUGAACCCUAAUUCGUUCCCACCCGAAAUUCCAUUCAAUCCAAUGAUCACUCUCGCGAAACCCUAGUUUGAUCUUCGAUCCCCGAGCUGAUCGGCCUUUGAUCUCUGUGUUUUUGUCGUCUCUGUAUAUGCGAUGAAGAGUUCUUGUCAAAGCUCCGACGUCUUCGAUUUCAAAGAGGAAGAUAAGCUCCCUGAGUUGGCCUCUGCCAAGUCGGUCAGCAAAUUCAAAAACCCUAGUGCCAAUGACAAAGUUCCUGAUAUGCUUAUGUGAACAAGGGACAUACUGACUGUGAGAUUUAUCAUGUUGUCUGGCUGUUAUUAAAGUUCAGUUAUUGGUGCUGGUGAACAACUUUUGAUGUAUGAAGUGAUUCAUUACAUUCUCAGGCUAUGAUCUUCUAUUGUUGUCUCUAGUUGUAGUGGGAACUGAAUUUCAACAAAAUGAAAUGGAUGACAAUGAUCACAAUUGUGACAAUGCUCUCUCAUAUACCCCUCCAGGCAUGGAAGGAGAAGACCCUGCUACCAAACAAAUGUGUGGAUUGGAUGAAGUAUUGCUAUUUAAUUCCACAAGCCAUGAACAGCACUCUCAAUUUAUUUCAGAUAAACUCAAACCUGAAAGUUCUUAUGCUCAACUGGAACCAAGAGCUUCAAGCCCUGGAUCAGAUUCACCUGGAAACAGCCAAUUAAAUUGUGCUCUUCAAGAGACUCCAUCUACGAAUGAGUCAGUUGAUGUGAUUCCAGAACCUGAUGAAAGCAUGAGUGAGAGUUCUCCAUCAACUUCUGAUGAUAUUCCAGGAGAUGGUCCGUUAGAUGGGCACGGGCCAUUAGCUGAUCAUUGCUUUGGUGGUUGGGACAUGCAGGGUGACAGGCAUGUGGCGGUUGUUUGUCCUGGCUAUGUUGUAUAUCGUGGUACAUAUUAUACAGAGUCUGUGUUAAUUUUUUCCAGCAGUUGCAUUGAACUGAAGGGUUCAACUGCCUAUGGAAAACAAGGAACCUUUAGCUUUCAACUGGGAAUUAAUGAGAUUGUUGAUAUUGAAUCACAAUGGUGUGAAAGGCUUGAUAUAGCUAUGGUGAAACUUCGCUUGAUAUCCCAAGAUACAAUGCAAGCUCAAGAUGUACAUGACACUUCAGGCAUUGAGGAGUUACAGUUCACAAUAGUUGACUUGAACUGGUACAAGAAGCAGGAAGAGAUAUUGUCUUUGGAUGUGAGAUAUAAGGCUCUAUGGAAUGUUGUUUUCAAUACUGACAUAGGAGGGGAUGGAGAGGCUUUGCCCGGACAGAAUAGUAUAUGCAUUCAAAGGAAAAGAUAUUUUCCCAACUUUGAUGAGCCAUUUGAGGAAGUUGUCUAUCCAAAGGGUGAUUCUGAUGCUGUUUCAAUUAGUAAGAGAGAUGUUGAUUUAUUACAGCCAGACACAUUUGUCAACGAUACAAUCAUUGACUUCUACAUCAAAUAUCUGAAGAAUGAAAUGAAACCUGAGGAGAGGCACAGGUUCUUCUUUUUUAAUAGUUUCUUCUUUCGGAAGCUGAUUGAUCUUGAUAAAGAUCCACCUAGUUCUUUUGAGGGCAGGGCUGCUUUUCAGCGUGUUCGUAAAUGGACAAGAAAAGUGAAUCUAUUUGAAAAGGAUUAUGUCUUGAUUCCUGUGAACUUUAAUUAUCACUGGAGUUUAAUAGUAAUAUGCCACCCUGGUGAAGUCGCUAAGUUUCAAGAUGAAGAUGUGGAGAAGUCACUUAAAGUACCGUGCAUAUUGCAUAUGGAUUCUAUUAAGGGAAAUCAUACUGGUCUCAAAGAUUUUAUUCAGAGUUACCUAUGGGAGGAGUGGAAAGAGAGGCAAAAAGAGGCAUCUGAAGAUAUUUCCUCAAAAUUUUUCAAUUUGAGAUUUGUGCCACUCGAGUUACCACAGCAGCAAAAUUCAUUUGAUUGUGGCCUCUUCUUGCUCCACUAUGUGGAACGGUUUUUGGAUGAAGCACCUCUGAACUUCAGUCCAUUCAAAAUAACAAAGUUCUCCAACUUUCUUAACGUGGAUUGGUUUCCAGCUGCUGAGCCUUCCCUCAAGCGUGUUCAUAUUGAGAAGCUAAUCAAUAAAAUCCUUGAAGGGGAAAAUUCUCCAGCUGCUUGCAGUGGCAAACCUUGUGCCUCUAACUACCAGGCAAAUACUAACAUGAUUAAAACCAGUGUGGAGUUUAUUUCGGAGAGAUGCACUCCUUUAAAGAGUUUUCAUGGAAAUUUAUCUAGUUCUCGAGUUGGGCAGGGGAUUGAAAUGACUCUAUUGCCUACAUCUUCUCAAUGUGCUGCUGAUUCAGGCUUGGUUUUGAGGGAGUUCUUUGAGGAAGGAGUUAAUCCAGGAUCUUUUUUUGAUGGACAAUAUCGAACUUUUGACCGGUCAGCAUCUUUUGGCGAUUUUAAAGGUGCCAUUUCAUCAAUGGAGGUAGAUGCAGAAGCUGGUGGGCAAUUUGUCUAUUCACCGUCAAACAGAACUGGUUUUCAGCAAUUGGCUGGAAUUACACCUGGAGCUUGUGGUUUUUCCUAUCCGUCCAGAGAUUUUGGUGCAGACGCGUCGUGGCAUCCAGGAAUUCACCAAGCUGGCCAUGAAGAUAUCAAUGCAUCCCCAGAAACAUCAAUUUGUGCCUCUGAUGAUUCCUUAGAAGUCGAGGUCAGGGAAACUGACAUAGUUAGGGAAGAUCUCAAUGUAGAAGAGAAGAAAAUAGAUCAACCAAGAUCUCCAUCACCAGAAAAUGUUGAGUGCCUGACAGAAACCCUUGUCUCUGCUCCUAGAGAGAUGCUUGAUGUUGCAGAUUCUCAGCCCUCUGAUCAUAUGCUUGAUUCUAAAACCCUUGGGUCUGCUGCUAGAGAUAUGCUUAGUGUUGCAGAUUCUCAGCCCCCUGAUCAUAUGCUUGAUUCUAUAACCCUUGUCUCUGCUGCUAGUGAGAUGCUUAGUGUCAUAGAUUCUCAGCCCCUUGAUCAUAUGCUUGAUUCUAAAACCCUUGCCUCUGCUGCUAGUGAGAUGCAGAGUGUUGCAGAUUCUCAGCCCCCCGAUCAUAUGCUUGAUUCUAAAACCCUUGCCUCUGCUGCUAGUGAGAUGCAGAGUGUUGCAGAUUCUCAGCCCCCUGAUCAUAUGCUUGAUUCUGUAACCCUUGUCUCUGCUGCUAGUGAGAUGCUUAGUGUCAUAGAUUCUCAGCCCCCUGAUCAUAUGCUUGAUUCUAAAACCCUUGUCUCUGCUGCUAGUGAGAUGCUUAGUGUCGCAGAUUCUCAGCCCCCUGAUCAUAUGCUUCAUUCUAAAACCCUCGUGUCUGCUGCUAGAGAGAUGCUUAGUGUUGCAGAUUCUCAGCCCCCUGAUCAUAUGCUUGAUUCUAAAACCCUUGCCUCUGCUGCUAGUGAGAUGCAGAGUGUUGCAGAUUCUCAGCCCCCUGAUCACAUGCUUGAUUCUAUAACCCUUGUCUCUGCUGCUAGUGAGAUGCUUAGUGUCGCAGAUUCUCAGCCCCCUGAUCAUAUGCUUCGUUCUAAAACCCUCGUGUCUGCUGCGAGAGAGAUGCUUAGUGUUGCAGAUUCUCAGCCCCCUGAUCAUAUGCUUGAUUCUAAAACCCUUGCCUCUGCUGCUAGUGAGAUGCUUAUUGUUGCAGAUUCUCAGCCGCCUGAUCAUAUGCUUGAUUCUAAAACCCUUGUCUCUGCUCCUCUUAGUGUCGCAGAUUCUCAGCCCCCUGAUCAUAUGCUUGAUUCUAUAACCCUGGUGUCUGCUGCUAGUGACAUGCUUACUGUUACAGAUUGUCAGCCCUCUAAUCUUAUGCUUGAUCCUAAAACCCUAGUUUCUGCUCCUAGUGAGAUGCUUGAUGUUGCAGAUGCUGAAACCUCUGAUCAUAUGGUUGAUUCCAAUGGCAAUGCUGAUCAUCUCAUUCCUGGAUUGUCUGAUCAGGGUUGUGAUGUGCAGGAAAAUGGAGACAUUACGUGUGCUGAUGUGAGUUUGAUUGGUGAUACUAAAGUGUCUGAAUCAGAUGGCCAGCAGGUUUUAGAAAAGAUUGAUGACAAUUCCGUGUCAGAAACGGAUGUGCAACGGACUACAAAGAGGAUCGGGGAUGAUUCUGUGUCAGAAUCAGACGCACAGCAGCAGCACGAGGAUGCUAAUAAAAUCGGCCAUGAUUCAGUGCUAGAGUCAGAUGAGGUGCAGCCUGCUACUACUAAAAGGAUCGCCGAUGAUUUGGUGGUGACACAGUCAGAUGAGAUGCAGGCUGCUAAAAAAGCGCGCCUUACACCUCCUGUUGAAGAGGAAAGAAGACAGAUGAGAAGCCUCUCAAAAGAUCUGCAAUUGUAAAAUGGGCUGUGCUAGUUUUUCUUCUUUUUUUUCAUUGUCUUCCUUUUUCUACACCCAAAAAUGGGAUCUGAUUAGGAUAUUGAAUGCUAUGAUGUGAAUAGUGUUGUGGUUUUAUUAUAUGCGGAGACAAUGUUUAUCCUUUAAAUUCCCCAUUUAAGUUGGAGAGUGAUAUGAUGAUAUAUAACCACUUUGGAUUUUGUAUGAUGAUCCAAUCACAAUCCACAUCGAAACAAA